CUAUGAAAAAUCUAAAACUGAAAAGGGCGCGAAAGGGGAAAGGAAACAUUUGAAAGUAGAAGAAAAAACGUGUUUUUGCCGGUUUGCCGCGGCUGGGGAGCAGCGUAAACAAUUUCUGUUUUUGUAGUUGUGUUAUUGAGGGGGAAAAAAUAUUAGAGAAGAAUGGCAUCACAACCAACGACCCCGGUCCUGGAGCGGACUAUCCAGCUGAACAGCGAUGCCAAGAAAGCCAGAUCCAGCUUGCUGUGGGGCUGCCUCAACUCUAUCGUGUUUGGCAUCCUCUUGCUGGACAUCAUCUACACAUGCCCCCGUUACAGUCAUUAUACUCAAGUUGGGGAGUACAUAGUGGCUGGCGUUCUGUUUCUGAAUGCGCUCUACCACUUUGGGCGUUACCUAUGGACGGCUUUCAGCAUUGAGCCCUUGGCCAUUACUCCCAGACAGCAGAAACUUCUGGGAGUGAAAGAUCAUGAUCCCUACUUCAAAUUUAAAAAAGCGCUCUCCCCAACACCAGUUAAGAGCAGUGCUGCUCAAGGAGCAAUAACGCCCAUGAACAUGACAGCUCUCAGCUGGAUGUCCAAUUCGACACUUUCCCCAGGCGCUGGAUCCCCUUUGAAUGACACCACUAUGAGUAGCCAGAACUACUCAGUUUCUUCUUCGUCAUGGAUGUAUCAGGCUGCCUCUCCUGCAAAUAUGUCACUCUCCCCAGAUACAUCUCGAGAUGGCCUCCGUAACCGCCAGACCACAACAUCGCCCAAUCGUUCCUUCUCAAGUCAGCUGCCUUCCACACCAUCUUCGGAGUUCAUUGGAGACGAAGAUUCCUUGACCCAGUAUCUUAGAGACUUCGAGUCUCAUGAGAAGAGUUCAGUUCAUGUGGCCAACAUUGAACAGCCAACAAACCUACUUAGUUCAUUUUGGAGUCACCCAGCUAGUCGAACUACUGGUGAGGUAUCUCCUUUACUUCGAAGGUGUACCUACCAAUUAGCAUCUCAUUCAUCGACUCAGAGUCCAAGCAGCCCUGGUGCCACCAGUGAUGACACAAGUUCGCCAUCUGCUCUCUUUCACUGUCAAGAAGUGUGGCGGCGGUUUAAAAUAAACCCCUCUAUGCUCACUCAGUGGAAUGCCAAUUUACGAAUGUGGACAUCAAAGACCAUUCUUGAAAGACUGGAAAAAGAGAUUGAUUCUGUAGAUGCUGCCUUGGCAAGACAAAGUAUCUCUGAUGUGCGAGUGGGACAAGUUGGUCUGGAAAGACUUCGAAAAACAGCCCGUACAUUGACUGUUGUUCAGAACAUACCAACACUUCCCAAUUUGGUCCCUUUCCUAGAGUUGUCUCCUCAUCAAGAGUAUGUCGUCUCUCGAAUUCGAGAACUUGCCAAAGGAGGGUGUAUGAGCGAAUUCCGUUGGAAUAGUGGAGGCAGUUUCAAUGGCAAACCCUGGGAUGAAAAUCUACCUACUGAUGCUAUGCUUGUGAUGCAUUUGUUAGCAACAUACUUAGAUUCGCAACUUUUGCCGUUACCUCAAAACCCAGAUGGACGUCCUUUCAGCACGCAACAUUUCUUCAAGUCGCCAGAGAAGCCUCCCAAGGCUAAAAACACUCUUGCAAUCCAUCAAACUAGUUUACAUCCACCUCAUUAUGUAUUGGUGGUUGGUGAAGAGACACUUGAUGUGACAAAGGGACGAAACAAUCUUUUCCACACUGUUUUACUGUUUCUGCAUCUUGUGAAAACACAGGAGCAUGGCAUGUUGGGUCGUGUGAACUUAGGUCCAUCAGGUGUCAAUGUUCUGUGGGUAAUUGACAGCUAAAAGCCAAAUUGCCAUUCAUCUGUGAUAUUUGUGUAAAAUCGCUCAUUUACAUUA